GAAUUCCUCCACUCCUCUCCUUCUCAAACACAAUCAGAGACGAGCUGCAUGUCCUCCUCUAUAACCUCUUAACCCUCCGAUUCUACUCCUCAUAAGUCACACAAGCGUUGAAGAAAAACUACUCAGCUUCGAGCUGAAGGCAGAAUGAAAACUCUCCGUUACGUCCGGUAUGCGCAGGGACUGUGGGGCUCAGCGCAGGCGUGCCAGCUUCUUAAAACGCCAAGCAUGGACAGAUCCGUACACCAAGUGCAACACAAAAAGGCCAUGGACGACAGUAAGCCGUGGGCUCUGAUCUCAGAAGUGGAUGGAAGAGGUUACAUGGAAGAACUCGCCGACAUCCUGAAACAACACUUCCAACUCAUCUGCCACAAAGACUUCCUACAGAACCCCCAGCUGCACGGUCCCAAAAUCCAGGUCGUAUUCGUGUGGAACCUCUGUCCUGCGGCUGAGCCAUCGCUCCUCAGUUUGCUUCCCUCACUGAAAGUGGUCGCCAACGGUGGAGUGGGCAUCGACCACCUGGACGUGCCGUACAUCACCAGUCUCGGAGUGAAGGUGACCAACACACCCGGUGUGGUGAGCGAUGCCACUGCGGAUAUCGCACUGGGUCUGCUUCUGGCGUCGGCGCGGAAGAUUGUCGAAGGCCACCAAAUAGCUGUGGACCCCAAGACCACCUGUAUGCCAGAAAACCUGAUGGGAGUUGAAGUCACUGGGUCAACCCUGGGGAUUAUUGGAAUGGGACACAUUGGCUACAAAAUCGCCCAAAGAGCCAAAGGAUUCGACAUGAAGAUCCUGUAUCACAACAGGAGCAGGAGAAGUGCUGAGGACGAGCGGGCCGUUGGGGCGAGUUACUGUGAGAACGUGGACGACCUGUUGAAAGAGUCAGACUUUGUCAUGCUGGCGGUCAACCUUACCCCUGAAACCACGGGCCUGAUCAGCCACAGAGAGCUGACCCUCAUGAAACCCACUGCAACACUGGUGAACAUCAGCAGAGGUCUGGUCGUGGAUCAGGACGCUUUAGUCAAAGCUCUGCGGUCAGGAACGAUUUGCGCGGCAGCUUUAGACGUGACUCACCCUGAACCGUUGCCAAGAGAUCAUCCUCUCCUUCACCUUCCUAAUGUGCUCAUCACCCCGCACGUUGGCACCAACACACGCGCAACAAUAAGAAGAAUGGCACAGAGGAUGGCAGAAAAUGCUCUGGCUGCAGUGAGAGGCCAGGUUAUUCCCAAUGAAGUCAAGCCAAAAUGACUUCACUGUUGUGCUGCAGGAUGGAGUACUUUCACCUUCUCAUGAAUUAGUUUUGGUUGUAUGGUGUUCAGUCUAAAGAUCUGCCAUAAUCACUGUUAUUAAAAUUAAAAUGUUUUACUAAGAUAAUGUCAUCAGUUAGCAAAUCACAAGUCUGUCAACGAGCGUCUGAUGUGAAAUAACGUGCUGAUCUUAAUGUUUAACCUAAAUUUGUUUAGGCUGAAUUUCUUUUUCAUUAAAUUAAAAAAUAAAUCAAACACCUGAAAAAAAAAAGAAAGAUAAUAAAGCUACUUGAAAGUUUGCACCGUG